GGUCAGGCCUUUUACUUAGUGGAAAGACAACGAAAAUGGGAGUAUGAAGGGUGAGAAGAGCGAAUAUAAAAACCAAGCUAGUAGUAGACUUAACAUUAUAAACCUUCACUUCUCUUCAUCAUCAUCUGGCUCGUCAAUGGCUUCCGAUUCACCCACUAUAUUUGACAAAAUCAUAAACAAGGAAAUUCCUUCUACGGUGGUUUAUGAGGAUGAUAAGGUUCUUGCAUUCAGAGACAUAAACCCAGCAGCUCCUACUCACAUCUUAGUCAUCCCCAAGGUGAAGGAUGGGUUAACUGGCCUCUCCCAGGCCGAAGAGCGGCACACUGAGAUUCUGGGCCACCUUUUAUACGCUGCCAAACUUGUUGCUAAACAAGAAGGACUCGAGGGUUUCAGGAUCGUCAUCAAUGAUGGACCCAUUGCAGGCCAAACUGUUUAUCACAUUCACGUCCAUGUUCUUGGGGGCAGGGAGUUGAAAUGGCCACCUGGCUAAUACCGAUGUCCACUAGACCGCCAUGGCAUCCUGUUAGAAUAAGGAUGAUUACUGUUCCUAGAUAUAAUUUGGAAAAUGUAUUAGCGAAGAGACCCCAGAGAGUAAACUUCAAACUUUGAAUUGUAAGAAAGAAUAAAUCCCGGAUCUCGGUUCUUAAUUUGGAUUGAACUUAUUAUAUCAGUACAAUUUUAGCUGCUUCAUAGUUAUGUAUUCUUUUUUUCUUUC